AUGGCACCAAAAACAGCGAACGCUUCUUCUCUGGAUGCAUUCUUUUCCUCUUACAACAAAAACACUAACUCUUCUUUAAAAAUUAUUGACUCUUUCUUGGGUUUUCUCGUUGUUCUCGGUGGGUUGCAAUUCCUCUAUGCUGUUCUCGUAGGAACGUACCCUUUCAAUUCUUUUCUCUCUGGGUUUAUCAGUUGUGUGGGUCAAUUUGUAAUCACUGUAGGAUUUCGUAUGAGUUUGACUUCUCAAGAUGAAAACGAUGUGAAGUCCAAAUGGUCUCCUUUUACCUCAAAUAAACGUGCUUUCCUGGAAUUUUGCUUUUCGAGUAUAGUCCUUCAUUUCUUUGCUGUCAAUUUCCUUGGUUAA